AUGGAUAAGUGGAUUGCCAAAUAUCUGGAAGAAUGGCAGACAGACUUUGGGGCUGAACCUGACGCUGAAUCAUCAUUCAAAUUUGUCAAAGAUGCCCUGAUGGCAUUUAAGAAUCUACUGCCCAGCGGGAGCUCGCCGAUAACCAGACUUGAAGCAGUUGCGUCGUUGAUCGCUACCAGGGUUAACAAACAAGACGACCCCAGGGACUUCCUACAGUACCUACAAGGCGUCAUUUUUGAAGCAGCCGCAAUCUCGCCGCUAGAUCCAAGUGACCUUACAGAAGUGAUUCGCAUAUUUCUACAGAAACUUUCCACUCCCGAUGCUGAGUGGUUUAGAUAUGAUUUUGCUAAGAACACGCGGGAAAGGUGGAACGGUCCCGAUACGCCUGGUGCGGAAAAGAACAAAGAGCAGUGCAUACAAGAAUGGGUAUCUCUUAACAUGUUGAUAGCACACCUCACUCGAUUACAUACUAUCUCUCUAGAAACCUAUGCAUUACGGACUUUCUAUCGAACAUUUGAUACGGAGGCCAAUGAGAAUCAACUGGACUACAAUGUUCCAGCUUCUGGGGCUUGGAUCGAUAUUCUGGGCAAGGAGAUUUUUCAAUGGUGUAUGUUGCCUAGGGAAGCUGGCUGCGUGGUGAGUGAGGUUUUUAAUCAGGGGAAAUGGGAGGUUUGGAAGCAAGGUUUUCAGAAAUACUCAAAAGUUGAAAGUCACUUAUCGCCAAGGACAAAGGUGGCCGCUGAUGUGGCGUGGUUGAAGAUGGAUAGUCUUCAAGCGGGACAUGGACAAUAA